AUGGCGUUAAUCAACGCAAUCGCAGCUCUGCUCUGCUGUCUCUGUUUUCCCCUGUUUUCUGCCACCACCGACACCAUAACCCCAGCUCUUCCCCUCCGCGACGGCGACACCAUCUCAUCCCCCGACGGAACCUAUGAGAUGGGAUUCUUCAGCCCGGGGAGCUCCAAAAACCGGUACUUGGGGAUUUGGUACAAGGAAAUCCCUGUUUUCACAGUUGUUUGGGUAGCCAACCGCGAGAAACCCAUCACCCCUGACUCCUCCUCCCCUGCAUCCUCAUCAUCAUCAUCAUUUUCAGGACUUCUUCACCUAACCAACGACGGAACUCUCGUCAUUCGUCUCAAUUCCACAAAUUCCACCGCAAUUUGGACAUCAACGACCACAGCAGGUUCGCCACCGGUCAGCAGUAGUACUAAUCCGGUCGCUCAGCUUCUGAAUUCAGGAAACCUGAUAGUCAAAAGAAACGAUGACAUGGAACAUGAAAAUCCACUCUGGCAGAGCUUUGACUACCCAGGGGACGCGUUCCUCGCCGGAAUGAAACUCGGGAGAGACCUUGUCACGGGUCUGAACCGGCCGAUGACGUCGUGGAAAUCCCCCGACGACCCAUCACAGGGAAAUUACAGCUACGGGGCGGAACUCGGCGGAUACCCUGAACUCGUGCAGAGAGAAAAUUCAAUGGAGCGGUUCAGGACAGGGCCAUGGAACGGCGUCAGCUUCAGCGGGACGCCACAUCUGAAACCCAAUCUCCUCUACACCUACGAGUUCGUGUUCACCAAAGAGGAAGCUUACUACAUCUACUACCUCCGCAACACGUCGGUCAUAUCCAUGAUGAAGAUAACUCCCACCGGUCUGAUCCAGAGGUACACGUGGCUCGGCGUCAAGCAAGGCUGGAUGAUCUAUCUCACGGCGCAGAACGACAACUGCGAUCGGUACGCGGUGUGUGGAGCUUAUGGCAGCUGCGACAUCGAGAGCUCCCCGAGCUGCAGCUGCCUCAAAGGGUUCGUCCCCAAGGUGCAGAGGGAAUGGGAUAUGGUGGAUUGGACCAGUGGAUGUGUGAGGAAGACUCAUUUGAAUUGCCUGGAUGAUGGGUUUGUGAAGUACUCUGGCGUUAAGCUGCCCGAGAUGUCGAACAAGUCGUGGUUCGAUGUGGCGAUCGGCUUGGAAGAGUGCAGGAAAGUGUGUCUGAGGAACUGUUCGUGUACGGCUUACUCGAGUUUGGACAUCAGGAAUGGUGGGAGUGGGUGUCUGAUUUGGUAUGAUGACUUGCUUGAUAUUAGGCAGUUGUAUGACAACGGUGAAGAUCUCUAUGUGAGGAUGGCUCGUUCUGAGAUAGAGGAGGAGAGUAAGCAUCUGAAGAUCAAGGAAGCAAGAAAGAGAAGAGUAAUUUGGAUCUCUGUGGGAGGAGGGUUAUUAGGUGGUGUGUUGUUUGUGAUGUUUGGAUUGAUCAUUUGGGCGAAGAGAAAGAAGGUGCAGGGGAAUGGUUCAGCUGAAUGUUCAGACUUUUUGCGAUGUAUGAGCGGAAAUGAUAUGAGGAAAGAAAGGGAAGAUAUGGAUUUGCCAUUGUUUGACCUGGCUACCAUUGUCUCUGCAACUAACAACUUCUCUGACACUAAUGUUCUUGGACAAGGAGGGUUUGGAACUGUUUAUAAGGGGAUCCUAAGAGAUGGAGUGGAAAUUGCUGUCAAGAGGCUAGCAAAGGAUUCACUACAAGGAGCCGACGAAUUCAAGAACGAAGCAAUGCACAUUGCGAAGCUUCAGCACCGGAACUUGGUGAGGCUCCUGGGAUGUUGCUUGCAGCGCGAUGAAAGAAUGCUGGUCUACGAGUUCAUGUCCAACAAAAGCUUGGACGUUUUCAUUUUCGAUAGCAACCAGAGCCACAUUCUGGACUGGCCGAAGCGACACAACAUCGUCAAGGGGAUUGCUCGCGGGAUUCUCUACCUUCACCAAGACUCGAGGCUGAGAAUAAUCCACCGCGACCUCAAAGCCGACAACGUGCUGCUAGAUCAUGAGAUGAACCCCAAGAUAUCGGAUUUCGGGCUGGCCAGAACCUUUGCUGGAAAUGUCAUCCAAGGAAACACAAGAAACGUUGUGGGAACAUAUGGCUAUAUGUCUCCUGAAUACACGAUCGACGGGAUCUACUCGAUCAAAUCGGACGUGUUCAGCUUCGGAGUGAUGGUGCUGGAGAUAUUGAGUGGACAAAGAAACAGGGGAUUCAGCCAUCCCGGCCACGAGCUUAACCUCCUUGGCCAUGCGUGGAGCCUGCAAAGAGAAGGCAGGGGUCUAGAAGUGAUCGAUGCAACGCUGAGAGCGUCGUGGGACGAAUCGCAGGUGCUACGAUUGUUACACAUCGGGCUACUUUGCGUGCAGAAGAGCCCCGACGACAGGCCGAGCAUGUCGAUGGUGGUGGACAUGUUGAGCGGGCACGGUGGUCUGUUGGGACCAAACCAGCCGGGAUUCUUCGCCGAAAGGGACAUCUCAUUCGCGAGUUCUUCUUCGAGCGGGAACAGAGGUCCCUGUACAACUACCAUGUCUGUUACGCUGCUACAAGGGAGAUGA